UUGAAUUAGAUCGAUUCAGCCGAUUUCCAAACCAAAACACGGAUCUACCCAUCCAGAUGGAUUUUUGGGAUCCCCAUCACCGAUCCGUUUUUUAAAGCGCUCGUUAGAACAUAUUGCUCUCCUCUAUGGCUUCGGCUUCUACAUGGGAGUGAGAUGUGCUCAUUUUUGUCUCCAAAGCUUCUUGCUUGUAGAGGGAGACAAGGGCCGCCCCUUGAGGGAGUGAAUGAAAAUGUUAUUCUCAUGGCUCUACAAAGUCCACCAUUGCGGCUACUGGGGAGGUAAAAAACAGGUUAAAGCAAUAACAUAAAGAAAGCCCGCAUGAGAGAGACGACGGCUAGGGGGAGGAGGAGGACGAGGCGGAGCAGAGAGAGAAACGCCAUGGAAAACGUGACAAAGGUUCAGGUGUUGAUGUUUCCCUUGCCCCCAAUUGGCCACCUCGUGACCACGGUCGAGCUCGCAAAGAUCCUCAUCCACAACCAUUCUCUUCUCUCCAUCACCAUCCUCACACCCCAUGACCACCCCUUCGAUGCCCCCACCACCGCCCCCUACAUAGCCCGCAUCUCCGCCUCUUACUCCCCCACCCGCCUCCGCUUCCUCAAUUUGCCCCCUGUUCACUUCUCCCCAACCCCCGAUAUGAGAUCCCAAACCAUUAGAUCACUCUUUGUGGCCGCCCACAAGCCCCUUGUAGCCGAAGCCCUGAAAUCCCUUUCCACCCCCUCGUCCCCUGUUCGCGCCUUCAUCACCGACUUCUUCUGCACCAACCUGCUCGAGGCCGCGGAAGAAGCUGAUGUCCCCUGCUAUCUCUUCUUCACCUCUGGUGCCAAUCUCCUCUCCCUCAUGCUCUACCUUCCCACUCUCCAUGAUCAGAUCCCAUGUGAAUUCAGGGAUUGUAAAAAUCCCAUCCCUGUUCCUGGACUGCCGCCCGUGCCGGCGAUCGACUUGCCGCUUGUACUCCAGGACAGGACCAAUGACGCCUACAAGUGGUUUCUGUACCACGCCGGCCGGUUACGAGAGUCGAAGGGGAUUAUCAUCAACACCUUUGCGGAGCUUGAGCCCCUGACGCUCAAGGCCUUGCGUGAGGGGCUCUGCUUGCCCAACCACCCCACACCGCCCAUCUACACUGUUGGUCCCCUCCUCAACCUCGACGACCAGCCUGCCGGUGGGGAGGGGCACGAGUGCUUGCGGUGGCUUGAUAAACAGCCCCACGGCUCGGUUGUGUUCUUGUGCUUCGGCAGCCUCGGUGCGUUCCCUGCGCACCAGACAAACGAGAUUGCACUGGGGCUCGAGCAGAGCGGCCAGCGGUUCCUGUGGUCCCUUCGCACCACCUCCCACGACAGUGAGCCUCUCCCAGAAGGAUUCUUGGAGCGUACGCAGGGGUAUGGGAUGGUGUGGCCCAAGUGGGUGCCGCAGGUGGCUGUGCUCACGCACCCGGCAGUGGGGGGGUUUGUUUCGCAUUGCGGGUGGAACUCGACUCUGGAGAGUCUGUGUCAUGGGGUGCCGAUGGUUGCGUGGCCGCUGUAUGCCGAGCAGAGGCUGAACGCGUUGGUGUUAGUGAGAGAGUUGGGAGUGGCUUUGGAGAUGGAGAUGGCGGAGGACGGGGUGGUGAGGGCUGAGGCGUUAGGGAGCAGAGUGAGAGCUUUGAUGGAAGAGGAGGAGGGGCGAAGAGUGAGAAAGCGCGCAAAAGAAUUGAAGGCGGCGGCGAUGAAGGUGGUGGAAGAAGGAGGGUCGUCGCAAUCUUCUUUAAAAGCGGCCAUCCAUGAAAUACUGAAAGCAGGUGUAGUUUCAGUCUGACUCAAGGACCAAAUCUGACGAACGGGAAAAAAAGCUUUGGUCGUUGAGACUUAAGAACGACCUAGGGUGUAGUUUAUAUA